AGUGUUUACCUAGCAUAUGUGAGGCCCCGGGUUCUAACCCCAGUACUAAAAAAAGAAGUAGAAAAGAGAGGGAGAAAAAAGAAGGCAAAUUACCAAUAUCAGAAGUAAAAAGGAAGGGCUGAGUUCAGUCCCCAGCACCACACACACACACAAAUCAUCAUCAUUCCGACUGGUCCCACAGACAUUAAAAGGACAAUAAUGGAAUAUUGUGCCCACAACAAAGACAACUCAGAGGAAAUAAAUUAAUUCCCUGAAAAAUGUAAUCUGCCAAAAUUCAUACAAGAAUAAACACAUAAUCUGAAUAGGUCUAUAUCAAAGAAAUUCAUUCAAUAAAUAAUAAACCUUAGAGAAUAAGCACCAGGCCCAAAUGGGUUCGCUACUAAAUUCUAAAUAUUUAAGGAAGAAAUUAUACCUUCUCUAUGGGCCUUUCUAGAAAUAUAAGCAGAUGAAACACUAACUCAUUCUAUGAGGCCAACAUUACUCUAAUAUCCAAACCAAGGACAUUGCAAAUAAGGAAAAUUAGCCGAGUGUGGUGGCGCACAUCUGAAUUCCAACAGCUAGGGAAGCUGAGACAGGAAAAUUACAAGUUCAAAGCCAGCCUCAGCAAAAAAGUAAGGCACUAACCAACUCAGUGAGACCCUGUCUCUAAAUAAAAUACAAAAUAGGGCUGGUAAUGUGGCUCAGUGGUCAAGUGCCCCUGAGUUUAUACCCAGUACACACUAAUAUAUCUCAUGAACAUAGAUGCAAACAAUUUCAACAAAAUACUAGCAAAUCAAAAUCUGAGAAUGUAUAAGAAAGAUUUACACACCAUCACCAGGCAGUAUUUCAGGUAUGCAAGGCUAACUCAACAUUAGAAAAGCAAUUAAUCUAUUGUAUCAUCAGGGUAAAAAAGAAAAAUCAGAUGAUCAUAUCAAUAGUUACAGAAAAAACAUUUGGCAGAAUCAACAUUCAUGUGUGAUUAAAAUUCUCAACAAACCAGGAACAAAAGGUUACUUCCUCAACUUGAUAAAGAACACAGAAAAAAUAUCUGUAGCUAACAUCAAACUUAAUAGUGAGAAACUAAGUGUUUUCUCCCUAAGAAAUAAGGUAAAUAUGUCUCUUCAUACCGUUCCUGUUCAACAUCAUAUUGGAAGUUCGAAAAUAAUAAGAAAAUGACAUGGAAAUUAUAUAGAUUGGGAAGAAAGAAACUAUCUUUGCUCACAGAUGAUAAUGACAAUGGAGAAUCCAAAGUAAUAAUAAUUAUCAAAAAAACAAUAACCAGGGGCUGCGGAUGUGGCUCAAGCAGUAGCGCGCUCGCCUGGCAUGCAUGUGGCCCAGGUUCGAUCCUCAGCACCACAUACCAACAAAGAUGUUGUGUCCACUAAAAAAUAAAUAUUAAAAAAAAUUUUCUCUCUCUCUCUCUCUCUUUAAAAAAAAAAACAAUAACCAAUUAUGACAAGAUCAUAGAUUACAAUAUUAAUAUAUGAAAAGUGUUAUUACUUUCAUAUAUAACAAAUGAACAAGUAGAAUUUAAAAUUAAAAGCACAAUACCAAUAAAUCUGACAAAACAUGUACAAGAUUUACCAUAUGAGAACUAUAAACCUCAAAUGGAAGAAAUCAAAGGAGAUCUAAAUUAUAAUCUAUAUUCAUUGAGGGAACAUGAAUAUUGUUGAGAUAUUAGUUAUUUCCAAGUUAUCUUUAAGUUUCAUGAAAUCCUAGUCAAAAUCACAGGAAUUAUUUUAUGGAUAUUUACAAACUGAAGUUUAUAUGGAAAGCCACAAAGCCCAAAUAACCAAGAUAAUACUGAAGGAAAACAGAAUUGGAAAACUGACACUACCUGACUUCAAAAUGUACUAUAAAAACUGUAUUAUUAUUAAAAAUAAAUAAAUGAGUCAAUGGAACAGAAUUGAGAGCCCAGAAAUAGACUCAUACAAAUAUAGUCAUCCCAAAAGCCAGAAGCUUAGUAUACUCUGAUUAUACAGUGAAGUCCAUUUCAAGUUCAGAUUACAUUAGAAAUUGCUAAUACUAUCGUUCAGGAACCAUAAUCAUCUCCCCCAUGAGUCAGGGCUUCUCAAACUAGUUAAACACUUUUCAUAGUUUUUUUUAUGAAGAAUUAAAAUUUAGGAAUAUAAUAAAAUUCUUAUUAGCAGAAUUGUUUUAUUAUCAAAAACAUAAGCCAUCUGUCACUUGUGUAAAAUCAAGGGUAUAGUAUAGUUUCUUAUGAAGAAAGAGAAACAAUUUACAACAUAAUAGUUAAAUUAAAACUACUUUUAAGUCCAUGUGUUUUUUAAAUGUAAGUUAUAGUUUAUAGUAAUAAGCUAUGCUUAUUACUUUAAAAGGGAGGCUCACACUCAGAAUUACACGUUUUUCUUUGAAAGAGGCUUCAUGUGAGGUUAUAUAUAAUAUUGCCUUUUAGCACUUCACACAGUGCCUGGCUCAGGCAGUGACCAUAGUAAAAAAGAGAAGACAAAUUAUCAAUAUUGAACUGAAGAACAACUGUCACUUCUACUCUCACAGACAUUAAAAGGAUAAUGAAGAAAUAUUACAAACACUGCUGAGCUUAGAAAAAAAAACAUCUUAGAGGAAAUAGGUACAUUCCUUGAAAGAUGCAAUCUCUAUGGUUUGUGUUUCAACCCUGAAAUAUUUUCUGCUUCCCUAUCUUUUAUUGACCAAUUAUGAGCAUAAAUUGAUUAAAAAUAUAUUAAACUAUAUUAAAGCUCAAAAGCUCCAUAGCAGCAUUUAUCUGAGUGAAACACCAGUUCAAGAAAUUAUAAGACCAUUGGCAUGCUGCUGCAUCCUCCAGCACCUCUCAAGUACACACGCAGGAUCUACUCCAAGGGUUUCUUCAGGUUCCAUCUUAAUGGGAAGAAUAUACAAUAUGCCAAAAAAAAAAAAAAAUGAAAAAGAAAGAAAGAUGCCCUUACUGCCUUAAGACGCUUUCUCUGAUGGCACUGAAAAGGGUGCCUGUGUCUGCGAAACACAGACCCUUCUAGAUUCUGGCUAUAGCUCACAGAGUGAAGUCCAUUCACUGCCAAUAACUGUAUCUUCACACACCCCCUCACAGUAGUCUCCAGCCAGGAUAGUGAUGACACACACAAAAGCUUGUGACUCCUCCUGGUUGCCUUAGAAAUCAACUCAAGGCAUUCUUGAGGGUCAACAGUAGGCAGCUGAGAGUCUGAAGAGGGCUGGACACUAGAAACCAGUACUUGCAGAACAGAAAGUGAGAGAUUAGAGCACUGGGGAGCAGUUCAGGGGAGCAGGGGCUGAGCGAGGGAAGAGCAAAGAUGCUGUAUGUGAAGCUGGCGGUUGAUAGGGAGAUGGCCAAAGCCAAAGACUUCAGAGAAAAUCAUCACAAGGAUGUAAGAACAGUGCAAGCGACCAAUAGGGCUUUGAAGAGAGGUCACAGUGGGGGACUAUCAAAGGAGCAAAGAGCAGUGCAGGCCCCACUCUCCCAGCCUCCGGGGAUGACAGACUCGGAGUGGUUUGGUCUAAGUGCAGAAGAUCAAUUGGCCUGGGCUAAAAAUAUUCAAGAUCCUCGGAUUGCAGUGGGUUCCCAUUCCCCACUAGAAAAGAGGAUUAAGAGUUUAGGUGGCAUCCAUUCUUCAGGAGUGAAAAAACUGUUAGCCCAAGAGUUUCAGCAGGAGAAUGAAGCACUUGCUAAACUUAAGGCCACAUCUUUUGACUUCCGGUUUGCUAAAGCAGAGGAAUACUACUACCAACGAUAUCAAGAAAUGAUGAUGAAAGAAGCAUGGGACUACAAAAUGGUUCCAAAGUGGGAAAUUAUGAAAACAGAGGAGGAGGAGGAGAAGAGAUCGCAAAGUGAAAAGUCAGAAGAUGCCAACACGUGGGAUUACCUAGUGUCUGAAAGAGAGCUAAAUCACAUAGAGAAACACAUAUACCGAGCCGAACGAGCAAGGGGCCUCAGAGACCAAAAGUAUCAACUACUCCCUCAGAAACUUCCAAGUGAAAUGCUUUUCCCAAAAAUAUUAACACUGGAGGAUGAAAAGAAUGAAGAUAUCCAGAAAACACACAAAACGAAAACCGGAAAGCACAAGGUAGCAUGGGCAAAGAAUCAGAUGAAGGAACAUAAAGAUCGAAUGAUUAGAGGGAGAGAACUCUCAGAGCAAAGAAAUGAUCAAAGAGAACCUUGGAAGCUCUCCAGUCAAACUUCUCCUCUCCUAAAACCUCAAGUGGAGAAGGAGGAGAGAAUGUUUGAAAGGGUCACAGCUUAUCCUAUCUUCCAGCCUUACCAGAAAUCAUGCAUAGAAGUGAGUAUCCUGAGGGAAAAAUCGAAAGAAAAUAAAAUUCAAAAACCACUCCGAAGGGAGUUCUUGAGUUUGCCACCUUUUCUGAGAAGUCAACUAAAAAAGAAUAAAGUUUAAAUUAUUUUUUUGAUUA